AUGUCAAGACUUCAGAAUCUCAAGGAUUCAUAUUUCAGAAAACAACUUGCGGAACGUAUACAAUAUGAGUUUCCGGGAAUUACUGAAGAAAAUGUCAAGGAGUUAGUUCCGAACAAAUCAAAUGUUAGUUAUAUGGAGUUAGUGCUUCACUCUGGAGACACUGCAGGAGUGUAUGUGAUUGACGGAGUACCGAUCAUGAUCGAUCUCGGUGAAAGUUUGAUCCCAACUAUCUGUGCUCUGUGGAAAGCCCCAGAUUUGAUCCACGGAGGGGCCCCUCUGUAUGUUCCUGGUGUGAACACUCACGGUCAGUUCCCCCAGUAUCGUUCAGGAGCAUUGGUAGCUGCUUGUACCGGAGACAAUGCCGCUGCCUGUAUAGUUGGACGAGCCAAAAUAUCCUCCGCUGAACUACUGAGAGACAGAAUGAGUGUUUGUCUGGAAAUCCUUCAUGUAUUUGGGGAUCAAUUGUAUAAAGAAAAGAAAUUUGUGAAAAUAGAGAGACCCAAACUAGAUCCUGGAUCCUACAACAUAACUGAACUAUUGACUAAUGAGAUCAAUAAGUUAAACAUUCAACCAGUCAAAGACGAAUGGCCAAGUCUAGUGAAGACAGAGUCUGCUCCCAUCAAUGAACCGGCAGUCAUUGUUGACUCAGUCCCUGAAACAAUUACAAAUGUAUCACAAGACGAGGAAAAUAAUGACCUCAAUAAUACAGCAGAGUCAGGAUGCAUGUGUUUGUUUAAGGAACCACCUCAUGCCGCUGUGUGCAUGUCCGACCGAACCUUAGAUGUUAAGAAGUCGAGCUUCAAGAAGAUGGGCAAGUUUCUGGAGGCCAUGCAACGGGUAACGUCCAGUCCGUCGUGCGGCGUGUUAUACGCGGUGUGCUCCGACCAACACUCGAAGGAGAGGAGUCAGUUCGACACCAGCUUCAAGACCCUGGACCCCUAG